UUCACAUCUUCCAUGAUGUUAACGAACAGAUCCUCGGCAACAUUGAAUAUACAUAUUUCAUGUGAUAAAAAAAAGAUGUUGUGAAUGGGGACGUCAUCUCUGCGUCUAUUCUCCAAUAAAUCAUAUGUAGCAACCGAUCAACAUUCGUGUACGAGUCAGCGACUGUACGGGAGGCUUUGAACGUAGCUUACCUUUUUCACCAAGAUAAAUGAAGUUUCAAGGUGAAAACUACUUAAAGUGGUAGAGCAAAUCACAAUAGCUAAAAUUUGACACUCCUGCUGGUAAGUCAAUGAAGCAUCGUCUGACAUUACACAGUUGCUGACAUAUCACAAACUUGCCAUAUAUAUAAAAUUGCAUUGAGCAUUAUUUAUUAAUCGAUUUACACUUUAACAUAAAGAAUAAGCUGUUUUACCUUUAAGGUAUUUUUUGGAAAUAUAGACGGUAACAUGGUAAAGCGGAAUCCUCUACCCAUUCCUGUACUCACGUCGGUUGUUACCAUUUUACCCAUCACUGCUAAUAAUAACGUUGGCCUAAGGCUUGAGCUUUACGGUUGCAAGGGAGGAUAUUAUUUUGUUGCUUGGUUGAUGUUAAAGGAGACUCUUUUCUCUGUGGCUCACACCGAUCCAUCGAAUUAUGAAUAUGAAGAAGUCACCGUAACCGUCGUGGAAGAGAUAAGAAGAAUUCUUGGGACAUCCAGAGGAUUCCUUCACGCACGUAUAAUAAAUUUAAGCCCACAAAAGUCAACAUCGUUGGCUACUAUGGUAACUGCCAUGGUAGAAAUCCAUUGUUUACGAUCAAGUGAACAAGUCCUGUUGGCGAAUCUUAAAACUGCCUUGGAAGAAUUCGAAACAGUUUUUGAACCAAGCUAUAUCAAGUUUCAGUUUCCAAAAAGAUGUGGCUGUACGCCUCUAAGAGUAAGGAUCAAGCUUAGAAAAACGAUGAAGACCGCUGAGGAGUAUAGACUUUCGCAGAUGCUCAGAUUUCCUGUUGAGCUAGAAAACUCAUGUCAGUCGAGCGGAUCAAAAUUCUACUCCUGGACAGUCUCAAAAAUAGACAAAGAAACAGGCUUAUUUGGCCCUUUACUUGAGUUCGGAAAAAAGGAUCGGUUCUUUUUACCCUUACGUAUGAUGCGCGUUGGGUAUGCCUACAUUCAAUGUUUGGUAGAAAUUUCCGGUAAUACUGGCUCCAUAGCUUACGACUACGGCUACAUAAGAGUGGUUCGGGAUCCCCUUCAGGCACACAUCAUUGAUAUAUCCGAGUCGUCGUCUAAAAUCAUAUUAAGUGCGAAGGAAUCUCUUGAUACCGGUAGCAGGAGGCCUGGAACACAAGGUCUGCGGUUUGCUUGGUUUUGCAGGCUCGUAAACGAAACGUUUUCGCACGAGAUAGAGCGUGUUGUGGACAAGCCACUAGGUAGAAAUAAGAGUAACUCAGGAUGUCUGGGAUUUGGACCUGGUAGACUCACCUCUAGGAAUGAGGUAUUAACACUGGAUAUAACGGACAUGAUCAAAAGCGAGAUGUACGUCUUCAAGCUUAUGGUCGAGAAAGACUUCAGGAAUGCAAGUGCUGUGUAUGAAUUUACAGUGAAGCCUGCCGUGUCCAUCAGUAUAAGAUGCUUGUCAAAUUGUGGUGAAAAGGUCACCCCGCAAGAUGAUCUACUACUAGAGGCUCACUGCGCGGGACAUUCGUGCGACAAAGUCUCAAGAUACAAGUGGAGUUUUCAUUUAGUUAACCAGGAGGACCUCUCUGUUCAAGUAGUUCAUCAUCUUCGAAGUUAUUCUCAAAUGAACGGCCAACGUUUUUUGAUGGAAGACAUUUCCAAAUUGCGAGACGACUCAAAUAAACAAAUCAUCUACGUCGUUAAAGCCAUUGUUCAACUGGAUAAAAAAACAAAGUUUGAAGGAAGGUUUCCCUUCUUAGUUAACUCACCCCCUAACAGAACUUCAAAUACCAGCUGUCACGUCACACCAAUGGAAGGUGAAGCAAUUUCAACAGAUUUUCUGAUCACGUGUUCGGGCUGGAACGACGAAGAUAAACCACUUGUUUACGAGUUCAGAUAUCAAGAUAAACACGGCAUGGUCCUGAUUCAAACUGGACCUCUGAACAGAGUCAUUACAAAACUUCCGGUGGGAAAAGCGACGGAAGAUUAUUCGCUAGUUCUUGAGGCUCAAGUAGGGGACUCAUUUAAAGACUUCGUUGAAACUCGUCUUUUAGUUAAGGUACGUCCACCCAAGCAGUCUGAAUUAAACGAUGGACUUGUGGAAAAGCAGCUUAGCGUCAUCCGGGACUUUGUGCAGGCUGGCGAUGCUAACCGAGCAACUGAGCUUGCUUUUAUGCUGAUGUCAACUGUGAAGGACUUUAGUGAUGGAUCAUUUGAGGAAAAAUCGGGCGCCAUUUUACAAGAUAUGAAAGGCAUAAAAGUCAAUAGCGUGGUUCAUGUUACAAAAGUCGCGGCUGUAGUUGCUUGGGCAACAGAGAAUAGGAGAAGUGUUCCUAUGUCUUUGCAGACUGAUGCGUUGACCCUCCUGACCGAAGCCACAGAUUUCAUGGCGAUACAGUUCACUUCCAACAGUACCCACGAUACCAAGCUUGCCAAGAAUGUUAGCUCUGGUCUUCUCAAUAGCAUUGGAAGUGUUCUACAGAUUUCUUCAAGGGACGCCAAAGUAGAAACAAAGGACAAUUUUAUAAAAGAAAAGGGAAGAGAAACAACCAUGAAGACACUGGAUUUAGUCAGAAAAGUUGGCGAAGUCCUUUAUUCUACAGGUAGUAACCGCCAGAAUAAAACGGUGGUGAAAUCUAACUUUGUCGACAUAAUAAUCUACGAAGAAAAACCAAAAGAUCUCAGUGGGAAGAGUAUCAGCGAGGGAGGAGCUAGUGUUGCCAUUCCUGACUCGAAGGAUAUAUUUCCUAAUGCAAACGAGAGUGUCACAAUACAGAUGAUGGCGUUUAAAGAAAAUACCACAUCUUUUUUCAAAUAA